AUGGCUUAUCGUAUAAACAUAAGGGCUUAUUCAUUAUCCUCUUCCCAACCUCCUCUUGCUCUGAAAUUAACAAAUGAUCCCGUAACUCAGAAAACAGCAAGCAACACUGUUACAUGUUUUUACCAGACACAUAUUGGAGGUUACUGGCGAAAUGUGACCAUAUUAUGGAGCAAGGAUUUGUCUAGUCAUUCCCUGAGCAUAUCUGUUGCAACCAGGGAAAGUGAUGAUCAUCAGACAUGCAAAAUUGACCUUAAACCUUGGCAGUUUUGGGCAAAGAAAGGGUACAAAACCUUUCAGGUUGACGGAAAUCAAUUGGAUGUCUAUUGGGAUUUUCGUUCGGCAAAAUAUUCUACUAGUCCAGAACCCUGUUCAGAUUUCUACGUUGCAUUAGUUUCUGAUAAAGAAAUGUCUUUAUUGUUAGGGGAUUACACCGAAAAGGCCUAUAAGAGAACAAAAUCAAACGCAGCCCUUGUUGAUGCAAUGCUAUUUUACAAAGAAGAGCACGUUUUUGGGAAGAAAUCUUUCUCCACCAGAGCAAAAUUCGACCACAGGAAAAAGGAGCAUGACGUCGUUGUAGAGAGCUCGACUUCAGGGCCUAGAGAACCCGAAAUGUGGAUUAGCGUAGAUGGGAUUGUCUUGAUACAUAUUCGGAACUUGCAGUGGAAAUUCAGGGGCAAUCAGACCAUCUUAGUUAAUAAACAACCGGUUCAAGUCUUUUGGGACGUAUAUGCUUGGCUAUUUUGCAUCCCGGGCUCAAACCACGCGUUGUUUAUCUUCAAGCCAGGUGCACCAGAGGCGGAUAGUGACAAAGAAGAAAGCUGCAGCCAUGGCGAUGGAAGUGAUUGCAGUGGGGAUAGCAAGUACUAUUCAACGAUAAGCUACUCACAGGCUUCAAGGUUCUGUCUUUUCCUCUAUGCAUGGAAGAUUGAGCUCGUUCAAGCCCAUCUUGGGACAGCCUGCAGAUCAAGACAAACUCUCGAAAAUUGUGAGGAACCAGGUCUGGCCUGGCCUGCCACAAAACUGGGGUCAACCCCAGCCCGACUGAUUGUUGGUUCUGCUCUUACAGGAACUUUGAUUCGUGGACAGGAUGAUCAGUCAGAAUUCAUUAGUGUAGACUGUGGAAUAGCUGAUGGAUCCCAUUACACCGAUCCCACAACCGGCAUAAUAUAUAGUUCAGAUGCAGGCUUCGUCCACAGUGGUGUAAGCAAGAGCAUAUCAGUUACAUAUCAGACCAAUUCCCUUGAAAGGCAGUUCUUAUAUCUCAGAAGCUUUCCUCAAGGAACCAGAAACUGCUAUACCCUAAGACCUGCUCUAGGCAAGGGUAACAAGUAUUUGUUAAGAACAAGUUUUAUGUACAGAAAUUACGAUUCUAGGGGUGAAUUGCCAACUUUUGAUCUGCAUCUAGGAGUUGAUUUAUGGGACACAGUUACAUUAGAAAAUGAAUCCACUCCACUGAGGAAGGAGAUUGUACACAUUCCUUCAUCAGAUUAUAUUCAUGUUUGCCUUGUAAAAAGGGGAUCAACAACACCCUUUAUAUCAUGUUUAGAAUUGAGGCCUUUGACUAGAAUCAUGUACACGACAGAAAAUAAAACUCUACAACUCACUGCACGAUUGAAUUUUGCCCCAACAUCUGAGAGAUUUAUAAGGUACAAAGAUGAUAUUUAUGAUCGCAUAUGGAAGCCCUCGACUCCAGCCAACAGUACCACAAUAAGGACGAGUUAUACGAUUUAUAACCCUGCCGACUAUUUUAGGCCACCGUCUGCUGUCAUGAGUUCUGCCAUCAUCCCGGAGAAUAAUAAUGACUCUAUUUCUUUCGAUUGGGUAUCUAAUAAUCUCAAUGAUGUGUUUUACAUGUACUUGUACUUUGCUGAAUUGCAAGCGCUACAACAAAAAGAAUACAGAGGAUUCAACAUCUCAGUGAAUAGGGUUUUCUGGCAUGGGCUAGUUUCUCCUACAUAUCUAUCCUCGCGUGUAAUAUACGCCAACAAGUGGUACACAGUGACCGGUCGCUCCAAGUAUGUAGUCACGCUAGAUAGAGCUGCUAAUUCAACUCUCCCACCAAUCAUCAGUGCCGUGGAAAUUUAUGCUGUGAAAGAUUUCUCACACUCACAGACAGAUGAGAAAGAUGUUGAUGCCAUAUUAAGCAUCAAGUCUGUGUAUGGACUGACAAGAAACUGGCAAGGUGAUCCUUGUGCUCCUGAAACUUUCAUUUGGGAUGGUCUCAGCUGCAAAUAUAAUAAUGUACAGACCCCCAGAAUUCAAUCACUGAACUUGUCCUUUGGCGGAUUGUCCGGAAUAAUAGCUCCUUACAUAUCCAACCUCACAAUGCUUGAAUUAUUGGAUCUGUCCAAUAAUAAUCUUACUGGAAAGGUCCCAGAGUUUCUAGCUGAACUAGACUCGUUGAAAGUCCUGAACUUGAAAGGAAACAACUUCUGUGGGCCAACUCCAGAUCAACUCCUAAAGAAAUCUAAUGAUAGAUUGCUGUCGCUUAGUAUUGAUUAUCCAAGCAACUGUACAGAUGCAUGCCAGUCUCACUGUAAAAAGAAGAGCAAUAAUGCUCUAGUUACAACAUUGGCAUCGGUGCUUGUCUCGGCAUUUGUUCUUUUAAUUGUGUUAGUUACCCUGUGGAUGAUUCGAAGGAGAAGAAAAAUGGUGAUGAGGAAGACGGGUUCCUACUAUAGCAGAUUAAAUCGAACUGCGUUAGACAUUAAGAAUCCUCAGUUUACAUACUCAGAGGUCCUGAAAAUCACCAAUAAUUUUCAGAAAGUUAUUGGGGAAGGAGGAUUUGGAACUGUAUAUCAUGGCUUUGUAGAUGCCACGCAAGUUGCUGUGAAGAUGCUCUCCCCAUCAUCAAGUCAAGGAUACAAAGAAUUUCUAGCAGAGGCCAAACUUCUUUUGAGUGUCCACCACAAAAACUUGACUUCCUUUGUUGGAUAUUGCAAUGAGAACAAUGUCAUUGGAAUCAUUUAUGAAUACAUGGCUAACGGGAACUUGGAACAGUAUCUUACAGAUAGGAACCCCCAUGUUCUAUGUUGGGAGGAAAGGCUUAAAAUUGCAAUAGAUGCAGCACAAGGAUUGGAAUAUUUGCAUCAUGGAUGCAAGCCACCAAUAGUCCACAGAGAUGUGAAGACCACAAACAUCUUACUGGAUGAAAAUUUCCAAGCAAAAUUAGCUGAUUUUGGGCUAUCCAGAGCCUUUUUAAGUGAGGAUCAUACUCACAUAUCAACAAUUGUUGUUGGAACUCCAGGUUACCUUGACCCCGAGUAUUACUCAUCGAGUCAAAUGUCUGAAAAAAGUGAUGUUUACAGUUUUGGGAUUGUUCUAUUGGAGAUUGUCACGGGUCGGCCAGCAGUAGAGAAAAGUAAAGAAUGGACACAUUUAAUUCAAUGGAUAAGAGCAAUGCUUCCCGGAGGAGAUAUCCAAAGUAUAGUUGAUCCAAAGUUACAAGGAGAAUUUGCCGUGUCAUCUGUGUGGAAAUUCGUAGAACUGGCAAUGGAUUGUGUUUCUCGCAAUUCAGUUAGAAGGCCAAACAUGACUUAUGUUGUGGUGGAAUUGAAAGAGUGUUUGGCCUUGGAGAUGACUGAUCAGGAAACACAAUCUAAGGUUUCUGUUGACAUGAUACCGUAA